AUGGGUCCAACCUUCAUGACUUGCAGUUGCACGGGCAAAUUACAGAUCACUUACGCUGUAAGAAAAUUCAAUGGUAUAGCGAUCCAUUGGUGGAAUGCGUUGGGAAAAACCAUAAGUCCUAAUAACCCUUUGCAACUAACAUGGGAAGAAUUCUUGACCCACUUAAAGCGCAUAUUCAGCUCAGUUGAGAACACGUUGGAGUUAGAGAACUCACUCCUAACAUUGAAGAAGGGAAGCAUGAUCGUUGAUGAAUAUACCAACACCUUCAUUGAAAAAAUGGAAUUUUCGUUGCAUGUAGUCCCCGAUGAAUUAUUCAAGAUUGAUAGGUACUCCAAGGGACUACCAUGGGAGUAUUUUGUACUGAUUAAGCAGGCAUAUACUUUUGAGUCAGUCAUGUGGGCUGCGAGGUUAGUAGAAGACAUGAUCAAGAGGAGAGUUGCCGACAAAAAUGAAGUUGGCAAGAAACUGAAAGGUGAAGGACUCUUAAGGUCCGAUAAGAAAAGUAAAAUCUCAAGUUCAGACCCUAAAUCUUGGGGUAAUAAUGAGGCAAACUGGUGCAAUAAAUGCAAGAAGAAGCAUGAUGGGCAAUGCAAAGAAGAAGAGACCUUCUAUAGGUGUGGAAGACCAGGUCACUAUUCUAAUGAAUGCAGGUACAAUGUAAGGGCGUGUUUUAAGUGUAGGGAAGAGAGGCAUGUUAUGAAGAAUUGCCCGAAGAUUAAGGAAGUUACAAAGUAG